UGCUGUCUCCAAAACAAGCAGGGAAAAUGGCGGCCGUCUGUGAUUUUGACAUAUCCAGUGAAAACAUCUGAGUGAAAUUGUAUAACGUAAAGAAUUAUGUCUGAUCAAGAAAAAGGUGAAGUUCCAGGUGAGUCUGCAGACAAGGAGGAUUCUCCCCAACAAGAGACUGCUCAGGCAGAGGAUGCUCCCCAGGAGACAAACCAUGCCCCUGAUGAAGCACAAGGAGACACUGCUCCUGUACAGGUGCCUGGAGAAUCAGAGAAACCUGAGGAGGGAGGGUCGGCUGGUGUAGAAACAACAGGGGACACCAAUGUACCUGUUGAUAGUGAGGUUCAGAAGGAAGAAGGAACAACAGAACAGGGUCAGAAGGAAGAAGUGACAGACGAGAGUCAGAAGGAAGAAGCUACAGCAGAAGAGGGUCAAAAGGAAGAAGUAACAGCAGAAGAGGAGGGUCAGAAGGAAGAAGUAACAGCAGAAGAGGGUCAGAAGGAAGAAGUAACAGCAGAAGAGGGUCAGAAGGAAGAAGUAACUGCAGAAGAAGAGGGUCAGAAGGAAGAAGUAACAGUAGAAGAGGGUCAGAAGGAAGAACAGAAGGUUGAUGAAGCGGAAAAGACAGAACAGGAACACACUGGAGAAGUAAAGGCUGAAACUGAAAAGGUAACAACUGAACAAAACGAUGAAGUCGAUGAUGAUGUGAAGGAGCAGGAUAAGCCAGAGCUGGAGGACAAGCCUGAGGUAGAAAGAGCUCCUUCCGUAGCAGAGGUGGGCACUGAGAUGAAGAAGACAGAGCCUGACGAGAAGCAAGCAACCCCAGUGCAACCAACUCCUCCGGUGAAGACCAAGAUCAACCUUGAUGCUACUGCCACAGUGAAGUUUGUGUUGAUGCCAAGCGGUCAAGUGGUCACUCUGGCAUGUACAUUGGGUCAGACUCUCCUGCAGCUUAAGGAACAUUUUUCCAAUGAACUCAAGAUGCCGGUUAAUCUCAUCAUGAUCAUGCAUGAUGGUAAAGGUAUAAGCGAGAAGUCAACUCUGGCUGAUCUGGGUGUCGGUCCUAAUGGCACAGUUCAGCUGGAGAUGCAGUCAGCAGAUCCUGUCAACACACCCAUUAAGUCGUACCGUCCUCGUCAGGAGUAUCACAUGCCUGAUGUCAUCACUGUGAGGGUGCAGGGAGAUGUAGAUGAUGGAGAUCCCAGAGACAUUGUAGUUGAGAUUGAACGAGCCACAAAGAAGAAGCCAUUCUUGGGAGGAUUUCGUCACAAAACAACUGGUGUGGAGUACCACAACGCUUCAGCACAGACAGUCACCAAACCGAGACCUGUGUCUAAUAUAGAACGCUUCUGUCGGGACACACAGACAGUCCAACAGCAUCACCAGCGACAGCAGACCACCAAUGACACAUCAACACAGAUGACAAAGAUUGGUGUGUAUGUGUCCAAUAUGCCAGACAAACUUCUCAUCCCCGGCCAGUACACGACAGCUGAUGACCAUCUGGCCAUGCUUCUUAGAAAGAUCAUCAUCAUCCAGAAGUACUACCGCCGCCGCUGGUUGGCCAAGAGAUACGUACACAAGCUGAAACAAGACAAGCAGCGUAGGUUGGAGUGGGAGAAGGAGGAAGAAAUCAGGAAGAAGAAAGAGAAGGAAGACAGAAUAAAGAAGGAAUUUGCAAGACGAAUGAAUCCAAAGAACAAAGAAGACUUUGAUCUUCUCUUUCAUGCCUUGGAAAAGUGGAGGCAGGAGGAGAUAGAGCGCAUCAACACCACCCUGGAAGGUGCUGAGAGGAAGGCUGCUCUCUGUAUGUUGCUGGACCAGGAGACCCAGCUGUUGGCGGCCAUCGACCGGCACAAGCUGGAGGCUGGCACUGAGAACAAGGAAAUGCGUAUCCAGAGUUUCCUGGAGAAGGCUGCUGCUCCCAAGAAAUGGAAGGGUCAUGAUGGAAAGCUCACUGAAAUGGACACCCCAUACACAAUUCGAGCACGAGAACUGCGAGAUAUAUACAACAGUAUUAACAUGAAGUAUCUCACUCAAGAUGAGCGACUGGAUGUCCUUCUCACUCUCAAACACACUGUCAAGGAGCAUGACUGCAAGUUGACACAGGAGAUCAUCGAACUGAUUGACAGAGAAGCUGACCUGUUGAUGCGGGGUGUGAAGGAAACAAACUUGGAUGGACUGAGAAAAAGAAUCUCAACCCUUUUCCUCCAGUACAUCAAAACUCCCACUUUCAACCCCGAGUCUGCCAAACUCCUCAAGGUACCCCAAGAUCCAUCCACUCUCCGCAAGAACAUCUACUUCUGUCCAAGCUGCAACAGUUACCUCCCCUCCACCGAGUUCUCCCUGUCCUCCAACUCACGCUAUGUUGGCAAGUGUCGCCGCUGUGGCAAGACCGACAAUGAUGCUCGAGUUCGCCAGGACUUCAGCCAUUUCCGCUUCAUGCUGAAGUCACUGCGGAAGGCUGAGGAGGGAUAUGGGGACGGAUCCCAGAUUGCAUUCUUGUUGCAGGAAAACGACCUGCAGUACUUGGUGGAGAACAUCUGGAACAGCCAGAGCAUCCUGAGUGCCUGGGAGGACCUGUAUGACCUGAUGCUGGUGCGCUGGGACAAGCAUGAUGAGUGGUCGCCUUGGAACUGUGUGCUUCUUACCAAGGAGGAGGCCUCAGCACAUGACAGGCUACACAGUCUAGAAGAGGGUUACGGCCAAGUGUUCAUCCUCAAAGUGAAGCAGAAGCACACACUGGCACGGAACUACUUUUCCCGUCUCCCUGGGAUGGCGGAACUCAUCAGGAAGAGGACAGGCAUGAGGGACAUCCAGAGUAACAGAGGACCAUCCGUGGCCGGAACAGCGGUCCCAGUACAACAGAAGGCAUGAUCCUCCAUAUACACGUCUCUUUGACAGGAAUACCAAGC